UAUGGUAAACACCUAUAAAACUCGAAUGAUGCAGUGGGUGUCAGUGAUCGUGAUUUUAAUUCCGUUGCUACAAGGAGUUCAAUCCGAGUUCGGUGAUCUGGCUGGCAACUGGCAGGUGGAUUAUGGCCAAUUGGAGCUCAAGCUAUCGGAGGGUGAAAGCCAACAGCUGUCGUUGCACAUAUACAAUGUAAUGCCCAAGGAUCCUUCGCUGGAUUUCCAGUUCCUGGUUUACUCAAAGGACGAGCAGAGGGCUUCAUCCUUGGCAACCAUAAGAAAGGAGGACUUUGAUAUUCUGGGCAGCUGGCGGGGAUUGGUGGAUGUGACUGGAGUGCGCUUCGGAUACAGUUCCCUGGAAGUGGAGCUGCAAUCGAAUGGAGAGAGCGAGUUGUAUCCCGAUCCUUUGAGGAUUGCCAUCCUGAGAUCUCGGGUGGUGGAUGAACGCAUCACCACCUACGUCUCCGCCGCUUUGGCUUUGCUGAUGUUCCUCAAUUUGGGAACUGUUUUGGAUCUGCAUCGCCUGGCGGGAAUUGUCUGCCGGCCAGUUGGUCCAGUGGUUGGAGUGGUCAGUAGGUAUGUGCUGAUGCCCGCUCUUGGCUUUGGCCUAGGCCGAGGUCUUUGGCCGGGAUCGUGGCCCAUGCAACUGGCCCUCUUUUACACCGCCUUGGCGCCCAGCGGCGGAUUGGCCAAUGUGUGUGCCGUGUUCCUCAAGGGAAACCUCAAUCUCUCGGUGGCCACCACCACUAUUAAUAGUUUGCUGGCCCUGGCCUUUCUGCCUCUUUGGAUCCUCGUGCUGGGCAGGCUCCUCUACGAGGACGACGAGCUGCAGGUGCCUUUUGGCGAGCUUUCUGGAGGAGCAGCCGCUUUGGUCGCCUGCUUGGCCAUCGGCGUCAUGCUGCGACUCUGUCUCCCAAGGACUACGAGGUUCAUCUUUCGGUUCCUGAAGCCACUCUCCGUGGUCCUCAGUUUGUGCCUGGUCGGCUUGACCGUCGGACUCAACUGGUUCGUCUUCCUGGAGUUUACAUGGCAGGUCUUUGUGGCUGCCUUGUGUCUUCCUCUUGCCGGUUACCUGGCCACCUACUUACUGUCGAAAAUCCUGUGCCGAUCGGCCACCGACGCCCUUACUCUCUCCAUCGAAACAAGUGUGCUGAACAUGACGAUGCCCAUUGUGCUCCUGCAGUCGAGUAAGUUGGAGCAGCCCCAACUGGAUCUCGUCUUGGUGGUGCCCAUUGCCUCCUCGCUGAUCUCCCUCGUCCUGGUGAUCCUCUUCUACACGGUUCGGCGAUGCCUUGGCUGGAAUAAGCGACAGGAUGAGGAUUGCUUCGACCACAAGAAGCUGAUAGCGGAGCAGGAGGAGAACGAGUGUCCGGUUUACCAGAGACCAUAAAUCAUUCCAUAGUUAAACAAUUCUACUUGAUAUUUAUUUAUAUGGAAAAAUACUUUGCUUAUUUUGCAAAGUUAUUGUAUUCAUAGCCUAUCUAAUCUAGUCUUCCUUUUUGAAUUUAUUUAUUUUAAGUCCGAGCUAGAUAUCUUAAAAUUGCUUAUCGAACUUCUUUAAGAAAUUAAAAACUACAUACAAAUAAUCUA